CCAUUUCAGAGCUGUGUUUGGAAAUAAGCUUGUUUGUGUUUCCGCUUCUCAAGCAUGACAAGAUUUUCGUCGACAUAGCACUCCAGACAGUCAGUGAAGGCAUACAAGCAAGGUUUUAAGAACUGCCUUUGCAUGGCACCGUUGUUACCAAGUUAGGGUUCGACUUCCAUUGACGCACCGGAAGGAAAGAAAGGGCAUGUUAUAUGCUUGCAAUUGUUUUAUAAAAAUUGGUCCACCAUCACAAGAGGUUUUGGAGCUGAUGAAUUUGAUAUAACAGACCCGAAGGAGGAAAAGAAGAUGAUAUUUUUCUUCAAAUAGGUUGUACUUCUUUAUCAGUAUUGCUUCCUUAUUUUCUGUGGUGGUGCUGGUGUAUGUGCAAGACAAUAUAGAAAGAGGGUGGGGAUAUGGAAUUUCAGCAGGUACAAUGUUGAUUGCAGUUGCUGUGUUGCAUUGUGGUUGCAUGGAGGAUUCCGAGCAAAGGAAGAAAAGGCUGAAAGAAAUGCGCUCGCAAGCUGAUCAAGCUGAAGUUUCUGGUGGUAUUGAAGGUUCUGGGGUGCCUGGUAUUCUCUCAAAUCCCCUGAUUAAAGCUCCUUCCACUACGCCAUCAUGGGAUAAAUCAUAUGCUGCUCCAAGAUUUGACUAUUAUACAGAUCCAAUGAGUGCAUUCUCUUCUAACAAAAGGAGCAAUGCCAAUAUCCAGGUUGCACAGGAAUAUUUCCCACCUCCAAAUUUUGGUGGUUCUCCAAUGGCGCAAUUUUCAUCACCACAUCCAGCAUCUUCAGUUUCAAGAAGUCAAUCAGAUGUUGUGAGGAUCAUGAGUCCUCCAUUUGGUGAUCAUGUAGAGGAUAAGCUGGUCAAUUGGAGAGGACUAUUCGUUAUUGUCAUUAAAGCUAAUUGGUUGAAAUUCAAGAAGAAAAGAUAAAUGAUGUGAUAUAGUCAUGUGGAAUGUUCUUUUUCUUUUUUUAAUUUAUUAGAUGCUUUGCUGUACUUUUUUUAUUUAUUUUCCAUUUUCAUGGACUUUGCAGAUUGUUUCUGACUCAAUGAGAGCAUCUUCAAAGAAGAAAAUAAACGGAACAUAUGUGUGGUCAUUCAGGGACACCAUUCCAAAAGCUGGGAACCGCUUAGACUCAAUGACAACUAUAGAAAGUCCUUGUGUUGCUUCAGAAGGAUCGGCUGAUACCACACAAAUGAGAUCAAGCAUAGAGAAUGUUCCAAUGCAUGGGCUAUAUGAUUCAAAUAGAUCUGAUGAAUCCUUGGAUCAGUCAGGAAUACCAGGAAAACACCAUCUUGGGGUCAACAUAAUAUGAUGAGGGGGUGUGAAUCAAGAUAAUAUCCACUUGGGGUCAAUGGAAUCUCUCUGUUUUUUUUUUACAUUGUGGUCAAACAAUUCUGUAUUUGCUUGCUGUUUUCAAUACAUGUAAAGGAGUCUGUAAAAUAGUGAGGGGGUGUGAAGAUAUUAUGUAUCCACU